GUCAAUUGGGAAAAUGGCUCCUGCUCGGAGUGCUCUGGGAUUUUUAAAUUCAAGAACUUUUAAUUCAUUAUUAACUAAUACAAUACCUAAAACUACUUAUAGAUUUUUACAUAAAUGUAAUAAUUGUGAACGUUUUGUUGGAAGCCACGCCAUAUCGGAUACUUCUUUCAAAACUUAUAAUUUCCCGAAACAUCGACAUAUUCACACUACAAAUAAUCUAUAUAACCGCGCCGAUUAUUAUAAAGUACUCGGUGUAUCCAAAAAUGCAUCGGCCAAAGACAUCAAGAAGGCAUACUAUCAACUUGCGAAGAAAUAUCACCCUGACGCCAAUAAAUCGGACCCAGAAGCUUCGAAAAAGUUUCAAGAAGUAUCUGAAGCCUAUGAGAUAUUAUCAGAUGAAAAUAAACGUAAACAAUAUGACACAUAUGGCACAACGUCCGAACAAAUGGGCAUGGGUGGCCCCGGAGGCCCUGAUGGUUUCACCCAUCAGUGGCAGUACAAAUCGACAAUAGACCCUGAAGAAUUGUUUAGGAAGAUUUUUGGAGAUGCUGGCUUCAAGAGUAAUACUUUUAGUGAUUUUGCUGAAAGCCAAUUUGGGUUUGGCGCAGCUCAAGAGAUUAUAGUAAAUUUGAGGUUCACUGAAGCAGCUCGAGGUGUUAAUAAAGAUGUCAAUGUUAAUGUUGUUGACACCUGUCCAAAAUGCCAAGGUUCUCGUUGUGAGCUAGGAACAAAAGCUAUAAGAUGCACAUAUUGUAAUGGAACUGGAAUGGAAACAUUUUCAAGAGGUCCAUUUGUAAUGCGCUCAACAUGCAGACAUUGUCAUGGUACAAGAAUGUUGAUAAAAUACCCGUGUGUUGAAUGUGAAGGAAAGGGACAGUCUGUACAACGUAAGAAAAUAACAAUACCUGUGCCAGCUGGUGUGGAAGAUGGUCAGACAGUGCGUAUGUCGGUUGGAAACAAUGAAUUAUUUAUCACAUUUAAAGUGGAGUCUUCGAAUUAUUUCAAAAGAGACGGUCCUGAUGUACAUACUGAUUGUACAAUAUCAAUUGCUCAAGCUGUGCUUGGUGGUACAGUCAGGAUACAGGGACUGUAUGAAGAUCACACAUUACAGAUAGUACCGGGAACAUCAUCUCACAGCACUAUUCGUUUAUCAAGGAAAGGAAUGAAACGUGUCAGCCAACAUGGUCACGGUGAUCACUACGUACACAUUAAAAUACAGGUACCAAAGACACUGACAGACAAGCAGAAAGCCUUGAUGUAUGCUUAUGCCGAACUCGAAGAAGACACUCCCGGUCAAAUACUAGGAGUUUCCUAUGACAGAGAUGAAAAAACAAAUGAUAGUGCUCGGGAAAACGAAAAGAUUCACCGUAUGAAUCGAGAUAACGACCAGGGUAAUGACAAUAGCAGAGGCUGGACAUUUGUAGACAGUAUCAUUGAAACGUUUCGCGAGAACAAACCGGCAUUCUUAACUGGUUUCGUAACUGCUGUCAUAUUGUGUUACUAUACGUAUUACCAACCGUACUCAUACGGCACUACGGAACCGGAAAGGGAGUUAGACCUGCCCAUGGGCUACGAGAGAACUAUUAAAAAACAAAAGGAGAUGCGACCUGAUUUGUUCGAAGCGUGAGAGUGAUCUUGCGAUCUUAAAAUAACUACUUUUGUGAUUAAAUCUUUGAUGACUUUGCACCGACGAAAUUUGAUACGAAUUUUUUAAAAUUUUUAAUUAAACCGUAGAUUAAACCGUAAUAGUGUCCUUAAUUAAAACAAAUACAUUAGGUUGGUAUGAUGUUAAAAAAUGCUCGAUGUUAAAGGUGAGGGUUUCAAAUAUCGAUUUUACGAAUGAAUCGAUUUCGUUAGUCGAUUUCGAAUCAAAACUAAGUAAAUGUGAAAGUAAUUGACAUUCGUGAUAUAUCUGGAGUACUCACACGCUGAAUGUUAUAUAAUUCGUGUCUUAUUUAAGGAAAUAAAGUACAUAGUAUUGACUACAUCUUGACUAUUUGCAUUGUGUAUCGUAACGCUUUAAGAAUAAGGUCAUUAUUAAAUCGAUUAUCACCGAUUCUUCUACAUUUAAGAAUAGAAAUAAAACAUUUUAAGUAUAUUCAUGUCAACUUUCCAUACCGGGGUAACUUAAUAAUGCGAAAUUAGAGUUUGCGGAGUAUGUGAAAAAGUCCAAAACGUAUAUAAUAUGAAAUCAAAGUUAACUAAUAUAAACAUUUGAUGUAAAAGUUAUUUAUGAAUUUUGUUUGUAAUAAUUGUCCUUUUAAAUGUAGUUGUUAUAGCCGACCAAACGUGGUUUUGAAUGUUUGAAAGG